AUGAACUUCCUUGACACAUAUGGACUGACCGGAACGGGCGCGAACACUCCGCCCGUGAAUGCUCACCCAGAACAGAGCCUCAACGAAGAGGUUUCUCAGGUCAUUGGCCAGCUUGGAAAGUUCUGGGGAGGAUUCAGGAAGCAGAGCGAAACCGCGUUCGCGACUGCGCGCAAGGAUUUCAGCGAGGUAGUCACGCAAGCGCAGAGGGAGCUUGGCAAGCUCGCUGUAUCAACCGAAACCCCUGCCGACACCCCUGCCGAUAGCCACGAUGAUACUGAGGGUGCUUCUGAAAAUGAGGGCGAGAGCGAGUCUCAUACGGCUCCUGAGACGCCCACCGCCGAAUCACCCAAUGCAACAGGCUCACUUUCGACUUCGCAAUCAAUCUUUGCACGCCUCCAAUCCUCGCUUCCGCCUAAUAUCGUUUCGACAGUGCAAGCUCAGCUUCCAGAAAGCCUUAAACACCCACAGAACAUCGAUCUAUCGCAGCUGCGGACGACUUUAUCCACAGAGUUUCAGCGCGUCCAGGGGGUGACGCGUGCGCAGGCGGAGGAAUAUGUCCAUAAGAGCGAGCAUCUACUGCGCGAGGCUAUGAAGGAAGCUGGCGAAGUUCUGCGGGAUGCAGUGAAAGUGAUUCCACCAGAAGAGAGCGGUGGAUCUUCGAGUCAGGGUUUGAUUUGGGAUGGAACUGACAUGUGGCUGCUACCGAUGGCAGAAGGAGGGGAUGUGAAGGGUAAGGGCAAGGAGACGAAUUCGGGCCCUUCUUCGAGGCGGCAGAGUGAAGACGCUCGUCAGGCUGUGGCGACCCGUGCGCAAGCGCUGUUAAAGCAGCUCAAGAGUAAUCCCGAGAUCAUCAAGCUUGAUCCUGAGGCUGAUACCUCGGGCGAGACGUUCCAUGCUUGGGUGUCUGAGAUGCAAAGCAAGGACGAACAUCCCGGUACUAAAGUUUGGUCAGAACGCGUCGCAAGUGCGUUGUCUGAUACAGAGGAUGGCCAAACGCUGCAGGAGACGUUUGAUGCGCUAGUGCCUUCCAUGCUUUCUGACGAAGAAUUCUGGACACGAUACUUCUUCCGCGCUUACCAGAUCGAACAAGAAGAAAUGAGACGCAAGACUCUCAUUCACGGAACAAACCAAACCGAAGAAGAUUUCAGCUGGGAAGACGACGAUGACGAAUCCGUCGUUCCUGAAUCCAGACCCCUCGGAGCGCUCAAGUCGUUGGCGUCAUCACAAAGAACACUGGCACCAGAAGCGGCGGAUGCGGGUGAUGUUCGAUCGCUCCCUUCCUCCCAGUUCCACACUCCUAUGACUAUGAGUCCUAGGGAAAGCAGCGAGGACAGUUAUGAUGUUGUUUCUGGUAAUGUCAGUGCUGCGGGAGAUGUGCAGGAACAUGCAAAGCAGGAUGAAGAAGAGGAAGAGGAGAGUGACUGGGAGUGA